CCCAGCGAGCAGGCCUGUCCCAUCUCACACUGACCAGAUUCCCAGUCACCAAGGCCGCCUCUCAGUCCGCUCCACUCCACAGGGCGGCUCUCCUGAGGAUGUGCCAGCGCCACCUCCGGGCAAGAUGCCCUUCCCUCUGUGUGGCUGGAAUCCUUGCCUGUGGCUUUCUGCUGGGCUGCUGGGGACCCUUGCAAUUCCAGCAGAGUUGUCUUCAGACUUUGGAGCCAGAGACCGUGUCUUCCUACUUGAGCCCUGCUGCUCCCUUAAAAGGCCGCCCUCCUUUCCCUGGCUUCCAGAGGCAGAGGCAGAGGCAGAGGCGGGCUGCAGGUGGCAUCCUGCACCUGGAGCUGCUGGUGGCCGUGGGCCCUGAUGUCUUCCAGGCUCACCAGGAGGACACGGAGCGCUACGUGCUCACCAACCUCAACAUCGGGGCAGAACUGCUGCGGGACCCAUCCCUGGGGGCUCAGUUCCGAGUACACCUGGUGAAGAUGGUCAUUCUGACCGAGCCUGAGAGUGCCCCCAAUAUCACAGCCAACCUCACCUCGUCCCUGCUGAGCGUAUGUGGGUGGAGCCAGACCAUCAACCCCAAGGACGACAUGGAUCCUGGCCACGCUGACCUGGUCCUCUAUAUCACCAGGUUUGACCUGGAGUUGCCUGAUGGUAACCGGCAGGUGCGGGGGGUCACCCAGCUGGGUGGUGCCUGCUCCUCAACCUGGAGCUGCCUCAUUACCGAGGACACCGGCUUCGACCUGGGAGUCACCAUCGCCCAUGAGAUUGGGCACAGCUUCGGCCUGGAGCACGACGGCGCACCCGGCAGCGGCUGCGGCCCCAGCGGACACGUGAUGGCUUCGGACGGCGCCGCGCCUCGCGCGGGCCUCGCCUGGUCCCCUUGCAGCCGCCGGCAGCUGCUGAGCCUGCUCAGCGCAGGACGGGCGCGCUGCGUGUCGGACCCACCGGGGCCUCAGCCAGGGUCUGCCGGACGCCCGCCCGAAGCGCAGCCUGGCCUCUACUACAGUGCCGAGGAGCAGUGCCGCGUGGCCUUUGGCCCCAAGGCUGUCGCCUGCACCUUCGCCAGGGAGCACCUGGAUAUGUGCCAGGCCCUCUCCUGCCACACAGACCCACUGGACCAAAGCAGCUGCAGCCGCCUCCUCGUCCCUCUCCUGGACGGGACAGAAUGUGGUGUGGAGAAGUGGUGCUCCAAGGGCCGCUGCCGCUCCCUGGUGGAGCUGACCCCCAUAGCAGCAGUGAAUGGGCACUGGUCUAGCUGGGGUCCCCCAAGUCGUUGCUCCCGAUCCUGCGGAGGAGGUGUGGUCACCAGGAGGCGGCAGUGCAGCAACCCCAGACCUGCCUUUGGGGGGCGUGCGUGUGUUGGUGCUGACCUCCAGGCCGAGAUGUGCAACACUCAGGCCUGUGAGAAGACCCAGCUGGAGUUCAUGUCGGAACAGUGCUCCAGGACAGACGGCCAGCCAUUGCACUCCUCCCCUGGCGGCACCUCCUUCCACCACUGGGGCGCUGCUGUGCCACACAGCCAAGGGGAUGCUCUGUGCAGACACAUGUGCCGGGCUGUUGGUGAGAGCUUCAUCAUGAAGCGUGGAGACAGCUUCCUGGAUGGGACCCGGUGUGUGCCAAGUGGCCCCCGGGAGGACGGGACCCUGAGCCUGUGUGUGUCGGGCAGCUGCAGGACGUUUGGCUGUGAUGGCAGGAUGGACUCCCAGCAGGUAUGGGACGCAUGCCACGUGUGUGGUGGGGACAACAGCACAUGCAGCCCCCGGAAGGGCUCUUUCACAGCUGGAAGAGCCGGAGAAUAUGUCACAUUCCUGACAGUUACCCCCAACCUGACCAGUGUCUACGUCGCCAACCACAGGCCUCUCUUCACACACUUGGCGGUGAGGAUCGGAGCACGCUACGUGGUGGCUGGGAAGUCGAGUAUCUCCCCUAGCACCACCUACCCCUCCCUCCUGGAGGAUGGCCGUGUUGAGUACCGAGUGGCCCUUACCGAAGACCGGUUGCCCCGCCUGGAGGAGAUCCGCAUCUGGGGACCCCUCCAGGAAGAUGCUGAGAUCCAGGUUUAUAGGCGGUAUGGCGAGGAGUAUGGCAACCUCACCCUGCCAGACGUCACCUUCACCUAUUUCCAGCCUAAGCCACAGCAGGCCUGGGCAUGGGCCGCUGUGCGCGGGCCCUGCUCGGUGAGCUGUGGGGCAGGGCUGCGCUGGGUAAACUACAGCUGCCUGGACCAGGCCAGGAAGGAGCGGGCGGAGACUGCCCAGUGCCGAGGGAGCCAGCAGCCACCAGCGUGGCCAGAGGCCUGCGUGCUCGAACCCUGCCCUCCGUACUGGGCAGUGGGAGACUUCGGCCCGUGCAGCGCCUCCUGUGGGGGUGGCCUGCGGGAGCGGUCAGUGCGUUGCGUGGAGGCCCACGGCAGCCUCCUGAAGACGUUGCCCCCAGCCCUGUGCCGAGCAGGGGCCCAGCAGCCAGCCGUGGCAGAAACCUGCAACCCCCAGCCCUGCCCUGCCAGGUGGGAGGUGUCAGAGCCCAGCCCACGCACAUCUGCCGGUGGAGCAGGCCUGGCCUUGCAGAACGAGACCUAUGUGCCGGGGGCAGAUGGUCUGGAGGCUCCAGCGACUGUGGGGCCUGGCUCCAUAGACGAGAAGCUGCCUGCCCCUGAGCCCUGUACCAGGAUGUCAUGCCCUCCAGGCUGGGGCCAUCUGGAUGCCAUCUCUGCAGGGGAGGAGGCUCCCUCCCCAUUGGGCAGUACCAGGACGGGGACAGGAGCUGCACCUGUGUGGACCCCUCUGGCGGGGCCAUGCUCCGUCUCCUGCGGGCGAGGCCUGAUGAAGCUGCGUUUCCUGUGCAUGGACUCUGCCCUCAGGGUGCCUGCCCAGGAGGAGCUGUGUGGCCUGGCGAGCAAGCCUGGGAGCCGGUGGGAGGUCUGCCAGGCUGUCCCGUGCCCUGCUCGAUGGCGGUACAAGCUGUCGGCCUGCAGCGUGAGCUGUGGGGGAGGGGUCGUGCAGAGGAUCCUGUAUUGUGCCCGGGCCCAUGGGGAGGACAGUGAUGAGGAGAUCCUGUUGAACACCCAGUGCCAGGGGCUGCCUCGCCCAGAACCCCAGGAGGCCUGCAGCCUGGAGCCCUGCCCACCUAGGUGGAAAGUCACCUCCCUUGGCCCAUGCUCAGCCAGCUGUGGCCUUGGCAGUGCUAGACGCUCCGUGGCCUGUGUGCAAUUCAACCGAGCCCAGGAUGUGGAGGUGGACGAGGCGGCCUGUGCGGCUCUGGUGCGGCCCCAGGCCACCGUCCCCUGUCUCAGUGCUGAUUGUACCUACCGCUGGCAUGUUGAAGCCUGGACGGAGUGCUCUGUUUCCUGUGGGGACGGCAUCCAGCGCCGGCGUGACACCUGCCUGGUACCCCAGGCCCAGGCGCCUGUGCCCACAGCCUUCUGCCAGCACUUGCCCAAGCCGGUGACUGUGCGUGGCUGCUGGGCUGGGCCCUGUGCGAGACAGGGGAUGCCCAGCCUGGCACCCCACGAAGAAGCCACUGGUCCAGGACAGACCACAGCCACCCCUGCUGGUGCUUCCUUGGUGUGGUCCCAGGCCCAGGCCCUGCCCUUCUCCCCAGCUCCCCGGCCUUGGUGGCUCCUGCCUGGGCACCAGGAAAGCCCAGCGCAGUCCAGUGCCUGUGGCAGGCAGCUCCUUGAGCCAACAGGAACCAUUGACAUGAGAGGCCCAGGGCAGGCAGACUGUGCAGUGGCCAUUGGGCGGCCCCUCGGGGAGGUGGUGACCCUCCGCGUCCUUGAGAGCUCUCUCAACUGCAGCGCGGGGGAGAUGUUGCUGCUCUGGGGCCGGCUCACCUGGAGGAAGAUGUGCAGGAAGCUGUUGGGCAUGACGUUCAGCUCCAAGACCAACACGCUGGUGGUGAGGCAGCGCUGCGGGCGGCCGGGAGGCGGUGUGCUGCUGCGGUACGGGAGCCAGCCCACCCCGGAAACCUUCUACAGAGAAUGUGACAUGCAGCUCUUUGGACCUUGGGGUGAAAUCGUGAGCCCCUCACCGAGUCCAGCCGCGAGGAAUGCAGGGGGCUGCCGGCUCUUCAUCAAUGUGGCUCCGCAUGCCCGGAUUGCUAUCCGUGCCCUGGCCACUGACAUGGGCACUGGGACUGAGGGAGCCAAUGACAGCUACAUUUCGAUCCGGGACAUCCACAGUUUGAGGACCACAACAUUCCGUGGGCAGCAGGUGCUCUACUGGGAGUCAGAGAGCAGCCAGGCUGAGAUGGAGUUCAGCGAGGGCUUCCUGAAGGCAAAGGCCAGCCUGCGGGGCCAGUACUGGAUGCUCCAAUCUUGGGUGCCAGGGCAGGACCCUCAGUCCUGGAAGGGAAAGGAAGGAACCUGACGGUUGUUGAACAUCUAUUAUGUGUCUGGCCUGCCCUCUGGUCUCAGUGCUUUCCAAUUCUAACUUUCUCCAAUCUUAGAGAUCUACUUGAGAGUCCUCUCCAAUGUCCAAAAGGCUAGAGGGUUGGAGGUGGGGACUUUGGAAAGGCAGCCCCAUUUCCUCGGGUACCAAUAAAUAAAACAUGCAGCCUAACCGGCGUUUUUUUCUUAUAAGCAAGCUGUCCAGACCUGGCUUGAAAACCCAUCCCACGGCAAGGCAGGGAUUAGCUGACAGCGGUUGGCUCUGUCUGAUCUGAACAAGCCCCUGGACACCUCUAGUUAUCUUCUUCCUAUCCAGGGAGAAAAGCCCAUCAGGAUUGCACUCCGAGGCUGGCGUAGUUGCCAGCUCCCUGCGAAGCCCCACCCGUGUGUCCCGGUCGCGCAGGCUCAGACGCGGCUGGCUACCGAUCCCUUUGUGAGGGCUGUGAGCUGCGCCGGACGGCCGUACCAUGAGCGGCUCGGGCGGGGCAGCCGCGGCGUCUGCCAGCUCCGCGCCGCCCGCGCAGGAAGAGGGCAUGACGUGGUGGUACCGCUGGCUGUGUCGCUUGUCGGGGGUGCUGGGGGCCGUUUCUUGCGCAAUCUCUGGCCUCUUCAACUGCAUCACCAUCCACCCUCUGAACAUCGCGGCCGGCGUGUGGAUGAUCAUGAAUGCCUUCAUCUUGUUGCUGUGCGAGGCGCCCUUCUGCUGCCAGUUCAUCGAGUUUGCAAACAUGGUGGCGGAGAAGGUGGACCGGCUGCGUUCCUGGCAGAAGGCUGUCUUCUACUGCGGUGAUUGCUGAUAGCUGCCAAACCUGCCCAGUGGUUCUGCGCCGGGAACUCAGCUGUCGCUGUGCUGCAGUCGCUGGAAGGUUCAGAGGUUUAUGAGCAUGUGUGGCAGCAUUCCGUGCAGCUGAGAAAAAGGGAAGCGUCUGGAACUUUGGGCCAUCCACUGGGUGUUGUUAACCAGACGAUAGUAGGUCUGUAGGAUGUGUUUCCGAAGAGUGGGUUGAUCUAGGUGUCCUGACGUGAAAGGGGAGAAGCAGGUUGUCGAGCAGAAAAUGUUGUUGCCCUCUAAACGUGCUUGUUGAAGUUUUUCCCAUUUCUAACAAUGAAAUCAAUCUGUAAUACGUCUCCUCUGAGUCAGAAGAUGGAACUAAUCUCAGGAUAAGUUUAAUACAUGGAAGCUCCUAGAAUAUUGCCCCUAGUGAACAGGAGGCUGGCGGCAGCAGUAUUUAUCAUUGCCUAGGUUAUCUUUUGAAAGAGGUGCAGACACAAGCUUGCUUUCCCUUCAGAGAGGUCCAGUAGUUUUGAUACUAAGAGCACAAGCCCGGUGCUUAGCUCUGGAGCCAUCUUCUGCUCUAUCUAAAUCACGAAGAACACAGGAUCACAAAGUCCUCAUCUUCCGCAGUAUCAUGUCCUUUGGGGUUCAAAAAACUGUACUUUAAAAAUGCUAGCCAUACUAUAAAUUCAUUAACUAUAAUUUGGAAAAUAGAACAGUGUUACUUGAAGCCGGCUGCCUCCUAAUCUUCUGAUGUGUGUGCUUCCUGUCUGCGGGCGGUUUUUAAACGCCUGCUUUUAACACAGUUAUCACCAUUAUGAAUCAGUUUGUAUCCUGCUUUUUUCACUUAGUGUAAUGAUAUAAGCAUUUUAAACAUCACCACAGACUUUAUAACAUUACUUUUAAUAUAGGAAUAUUCACUCAGCUGGAUGUAUCAUGGUUUUCUUAAUUUCUUAACUGGUGUAAAUCGAACUGCGAUAAACAUCUAUCUGCUAAGACUUUUUCUGUGUUUAUGAUGAUUUCCUUAAGAUCUGUCUUCAGGUGUGGAAUUAUGGGGUCGAAGAGUCUGAUCAUUAAAAGUCUUUUAAGA